CUGUCCGCUGCGAUGAGUGAAUCCGCUGCUCAGUAUUUGAAGCGAUGUCACGUGCUGACAUAUCUUCAGGAUGCUAUUGCUCAAUUACUGGAACAUCGAGAGCACAAUUCAAAAGUCAAUCCCAUGAGGUUCUUAGCAGAUUACUUUGUUGGUGUUCAGCACGGAACUCAGUCAUUGUUUAGAGAAUUUUCCUUUGUGAAGGCCACACCUCAAAAUCGUCUCUCUCUUGUAAAACUAUUUUAUCGCUGUUUCAAAUCUAUUGGUCAUCGGGGAGACCUUCUCAACAUCAGGGAAUACCAUUCUCUUGUCACUCUCAUUUGUCCUGAUUUUCCUCUCGAAACUAUUCAGAAAACGGCUCGAAUUAUAUUAACUGAUGAUGUGAUGGAUUGCUUGGUGGCUUUUCGUGACUUUAUUUAUGCCUUUCAAGUGCAAUUUGUAUAUGAAGAGUUUCUCAAGCUUUGUCUUGAGGUAUACUCAAGUGUCUUGGCUGCUGCUAUUAGAGCCAACUCAGAGUCAACAGCAUCCAGAGUGGUGGUGGUACCAACCUCUACCAUUUUACCAACAAAACCCAAAGACAGCAAAGAUACAAUCACUACGACAGUUCCUGAAAACGUUGAUUCUCUCGUGUUUAUUGGUUUAUUAGAAGAACAGUUGGAGUCGAGGAAGUUGUCCUGUUAUCCUCCUAUGGACGUCCUGCGUCAUAUAUUGAAAUACAAACAACGUGUAUCUUACUAUGAAUUUGUGAGCUUGGUGGUGAAGUCAGAGGAAGUCAAUGAACACUUGGGUGCAUUGCCCUCAAGUGAGAAACUAUUCGCAUGCUCUCUGUCUCCAUCUACUUUUAGAAAACAAUCGCAUACUUAGUGUUGACUUUCUGUGAAAACUGGAGUGAUUUACAGUGCAGCAGCAAUUAUAUGUACAUUAUUCAUGCACUCAAUAAUGAAGGAAUUUGGAUCGAUUAUUUCAUUUGCAGAUACAUGCAGUACAUAGUCUGGUCUUUCAUCUGUUGGCUUGUAAAAGAGUGUCAGUAGACGGAACAGAUGGAUGUGGAACAGCUAGUGAACGUUGCUUCUUCUGUCUUCAGUUUUCUUUCUACACUACAGUUAGUUAAUUGUCUCGGGGUAAUUUCUAUAUCCGUUACAGUUUUCUUGUUUAUAAGAUGUGCAGGCGCAGUAGUCAGAUACUGAUUGCUUUAGACACCA